AUGGUCCGUCCAUCCCAUCAGCAUAAAUCAUCAUCAGAGUCCAACGGAAAGAUAAUUCCAUGUCAUCAUCAACACUCUUCCGAUAUUGGAUUUAUGGAUGUGUUUGGACCAGUUAUUGUUCAUAGAGAACCAAAAGAGCCUUUCCAUUUCAACAACAACAACAACAGCUUGCCAAGUCAACGUAAUACCGAUACAGAGAGAACAAACAUCAACUCCUCCCGAAAUCACAAGAAAAAAUUAAGGGGAGGCAACAAUGAAAAACAUCACCGCCAGCAUCAUCACGGCAAGAAAAAUGAGGUUUUGAAUGAAUUUUGUCACGAUUUUGCUGGAAAGCCACGAGGAGGCAACAAUGAAAAACAUCAUGGCCAGAAACAUGACAAAAUUCAUUCGAAAACCAUGUCAGACACAACAAAGUUUGUGGCUAGUGACGAUUUAUUCAGCGUUCCAAAUAUUGGCGGAGCUACUCGAGUAAAAUCGGUUGACGAAUGCAGCCGUGACAAAAGAGCUUCAAUAAUUAUGGACGAUUCAUUGUGGAGUUUUCCUGGAGAAAUACAUACCUUACCGCACGCUGGUGGUGACAGUGAUGAUGAUUACGAGGAUGAAGAAAUUUCAAAUGGUGUUCCAAUUACUGCAUCCCGCACAAACAAUUCAUCAUCUAAUCCAUUAGGAAUUGAAGAGAAUUCUAAGAUAAGCUCUUCUUGCACACCUCCCUCUUCUUGCUCUCCUCUCUUCCAAUUCAUGAUGCAACAACAAAUGCAAAGAUUGAGAAAUAAUCAAACGGCAUUAACUUCGAAGAGGUCUUCCAAUUCUAACAAUAUCUUCUCAAAACAUGGAAAUACUAAACAACACUCAAAAAUCAACGACAAACUUCAACAACAUGAAGAUGAAGAUUUUGAGGAUGUUGAAGAGGAGCCAAGUAGCAACGUAUUUAUUGAACAUGGAUCUACUUCAUCUUCUCCACCUGUUCCUAUUAUCCCUCGUUUUCAUCAAAAGAGCUCAAGACGAUUUUCAGAUGCUCACAAACUUGUAGCUUUAACAGAAAAUUCUAAUACUCAAAGGAUUUCUAAGAACAAUAUUUCACUUCGAAGAAGCAGGAGCUAUGGCGGUACAUUAUCAAACUAUAACAAGACCAAGAAACAAUAUGGAAAUAGAAAACUUGACGAAAACACUCUUUCCAAGUUCAACAAACAUAAAAAAAGGGGGAAGAACAAACAUAGAGAACAACAUAUGAAAAAGAUGGAGAGGAGUCGUGCUGUGCCUGGCAUGGUUCUAUCUGGUGAAGAGUCUGAUAUGGCUACAAAUGAAAUUAUUUUCGAUCCAGCAUUUAAAUCCAGUAGUUAUGAAGAGGAUAUUUUCGAUUCCUCUCGAAAUAAGAACAACAAAACUGAUACUUGCAGUUACAACAACAUGUAUGACGAACCUAUCACUCCAAACAAAAGACAUGUGGUACAAGACGAUGACUUUUUUGCAAUUCCAAAGCAAGAAGAACAUAGCAUUGAAAAAGAAGAUCAUACAUCCAAGCCAUCAAGAAAUCGCUCAUCUUCAACACUUUCGAACACAUCUUCAUGCUCCAAUAUAUCCUUAGAUGGAAUGAGGCCCACAGCCAUCAUUGAAUUUCAAAGAUGUAGCACUUCUUCAACGACAACAGACACCACUUCUAUUCCUUCAAGAUCACAGUCAUUCUCCACAAGUGUUAUUACCUCUGAUAAGGAAGAAGAUCAAUUUAAUACCAGCAACAUUUCUGGUUUACAAGGAGAUGAUAUAUUUGAUGCGAUUCCGUCCGUAUCAUCAACAUUGUACAAUGAUGAUGAAGGCCUUCAAAGUGACAGCAUUUUCGACCUUCCACACUCGACCUUCGAACAUAAAGAACAAGUGAAAGUCAUGUCUUCUGUAAGCAUGCUACCUAGCAUGGCACAUGAAGACACAAAUAACACUCCUAAAAAAGCAUCUGAUACCACCAAGACAAAAAAACCCAAGAAGGAUAAGAAAAAGCACAUGGUUGGUAAUCUCAUGUUAAAUCUGUCCACCCAAAAUGAGGAAGAAACGCCCAGACUAGUCAAGACAGAAAAAGAUGUUAGAGAUUCCGUUCGGAAUAUUGUACAGCCAAAAAUUACUGAGAGUGGAAGUUUUAUGCUUUCUGAUAGGUACAAGGCAAAUCAAGAUGGAACCCAAAGAAACGAAAUUUCGCCAGAAAGUGCUCAACUUACUAUCGAUUCUGCUCAAUCAUUUAUUAAUGCAUUUAAUAUUCUUUCACUGAAUUCUACAAAAGGACCAUUCCUUCAGCGGCCCAAUCAGCCACCAAAUAACAGCGAAUCGGAAGCACAACGCCUAAGACAAGCGCUCUCUGGAAAUACAUCAAUCGCUCCUCCAGUAAUGGCUACUGUCAAUAGUUUCAAAAUGCCUGUCAAUAGUGCAGUCCUAUCCACUAGCAAAAGUGUGAAGACUGAAAAGAAAAAGAGAACAUUGAAGAGAUUUAAUAAUGAAGAUUUCACAUGGAAAGAUUUGAUCAUGCUGAAUAACUUGGGAAGCGGGUUUUCCUCACAAGUAAUUAAGUGUAGCAAUUCAAAAACAGGAAAACACUAUGCUUUAAAGAAAAUUGAUCUAUCGAUGAACGAUACGAAAAAUUCUUCCAAAAUGAUCAUUACAGAAUUUAAUUGCUUGGCUGAAUGUAGAGACUGCCCAUACAUUGUUCGAAUCGUAGACAUUUAUCAUUUUAAAGAAGAAAAAGAACUUUUCUUGCUCUUAGAAUUUAUGGAUAAAGGUACACUUAAAGAUGUGAUAGAGAAGACUAAAGGAUCUGUAUCUGAGGAGUUUAUUAGCUUGGCAGCAUGUCAAUUGUUGUUAGGCCUUGCCUAUGCCCACGAGAAACAAAUUAUUCACAGAGAUAUUAAGCCAGAAAAUAUUUUACUCAACUCGGAAGGGUACGUGAAACUAGCCGAUUGGGGAAUGUCUUGUAUCAUGCGAAACAAAAGCCAUACUCAUACUCAUCUUGGAACUGAGGUAUAUAUGAGCCCAGAAAGGCGUGUUAGUUCGGAUAACAAACACAGCUAUCCUUGCGACAUUUAUGCACUCGGUCUUUCACUACUCGAACUCGCUCUUGGAAGAGUACCAAUUCUCCAAGUAUGGGAUUUUAAUGAUCUCUAUCGAAAGCAAACAAGCGAAGGAUCUUUUUGGUUAGACGCGUUUAUCCCAUUCUCGCAAUUUUCUGACGAAUUUUCACAAUUUUUGAAAGCAUGUCUUGAAAAAGAUCCUGAAAGUAGAAUGUCAUGCAGUCAGUUAUUGAGACUUCCUUUUAUUACUCGAUACAACGGUCACAAUGAAAAAGAAUGGGGAGGUGAACGAGAUAGACUUACCGUUUUAGAAUUCUUGAACGGAUAG